AGAGGCAAACCCAUUGAUUGACAGAAACACAUAUCCUGCUGGAGACACCUUGCAAGGUAAAGACAAACACAGCUGAACAGUCCGAAGGAUCCGGAGACAUGCACUUAGCCAAGCAAUGCCAUCCUCCUUCCGACUGUCAUCAUGAUGGGUUCCUUGCACUCGCCUCGGGCAUAUGGUAGGAGAAAAUUAACAGCAUGUUGUGGUUAUGGAAAUUAGCUCUGGAAAGAUGACAAACAUUGUGCGUGCCAAGAUUUAUGCCCUGAUGUUGCACAAACUACUUCAGAUGCACAUCCUGCGCUACUGAAUGAGAGCACCGAAACCGAAACCGAGCCCGAGCCCGAAACUGGAGCAACGCCACAACACAUGGCCGGUGCCUGUGUUGACAGCCAGGACAAUGGAAGGGAACUGUGUGGACAAGCCCUCCGGCUAAUUGUUUUCCAGAUACUACAUACACCACCGAUGCACCGGCAACGCCCCCAAAAUGUCGGAUACGCAAUGGAAGAGAGCGAAAGGCAAGACACAUCGGCCAAUGGUAGAUCCGAGGCUAUAAUUAGGCGCAGUCGGAAAGAGAGCAAAGAUCUUGCUGACAUAUGUUUCGUAUUCUUAAGAUCUUGGGAUCGUUGGAUCGUUGGAUCGUUCAGCGAGGCCACGCAAGGCGAGCGCACACUCUUUCGAUUUUGAGGCUAAUUUCAGUGGGCACACGACUUUGGCACGGUUUAGUAUCGUCGCGACAAUUAUCGUAAUUAACUCGUUUAUGUGUUGUGUGCUAAUCCAAUUACCAAGUUCGCGCAGGAUGCCCCCAAUCUUGGCGAGCGCAAAUAAAGGAAAUUAAUUCAAUCAUCGUUCAAUUGGCUCUGACAAAUGAAGAAUUCAAUUUGACUCUCAAAUUCAAUUGAAUGACCCCCAAUCUCGAUACGCGAUUAGUCGAAAGUAUUUCUGCACAUUGAUUGAAAAGUGAAAGUCGAAAAGAAAAGUGAAAGUGAGCCAUGCUGAACUAUCAGCCACAGUUACACUCUCUGCCCGUCGGCAAUGCCAGCAAUUUCUACUACGGCCCGACGGGAUCACAUCCCCUAGCAGCCGCCGGCGAGUCCUAUCCAUCGCAUCCGUCGCACAAUCUCGAUGCCGAGCAAAAACUACACGAUCGCGACGGCACUGCCAGGGACCUGGAAAAAAUGCAUCGCUUCUCGGUGGACAAUCUCAUCGAACUGAAGCACGAUGUCUAUGCCAAGGGCAAGCUUUCCAUGGAAAUCAGUAACAAUUAUGGCGGCGGUGGCGGUCCCAGUGGCUGCACCAGCAAUCUCUCGACGGGACACUCGAGGAAACCGCGACGGAAUCGCACAACCUUCAGCUCCGCCCAGCUGACGGCCCUGGAGAAGGUGUUCGAGAGAACCCACUAUCCGGAUGCGUUUGUACGCGAAGAGCUGGCCACCAAGGUGCAUUUAAGCGAGGCACGAGUGCAGGUUUGGUUUCAGAAUCGCCGUGCAAAGUUUCGCCGCAACGAACGAAGCGUGGGCGCCCGUCCACUGCUGGACACCGCAUCCCAACUGGUGCCAGCGCCCCUCAGCAAUACCAUGCACAAAUAUGCAAACAUGAGCCACCCACCGCCACCGCCCCCGCCCGGGGCAUAUGCCCUGAACUUUGCACCGCUAGAGCUGCGCUCUUGCCAGAACUACACGAACUGCUAUGCGGGAUUCGGGACGAAUCCCUCCAACGGCAACGGCAUGUGCUCCUUCUUUGGGGCCACCAACUAUUGUGUGGCAGCCAACUAUGCCAAGAAUGCUUAUCCGCCGCUUUGAUGACAGCAACGACGAUGCCCACCACGGCGAUGGCGAUGGCGAUGGCGAUGAGGACCGCAAUCUUUUAAUGGGCCCCGUGGGGUUACUACGUCCACUCACAUGUGUGUAUUUCAAUUAGCUAAAUUGUAUUAAAGUUGAAAAAUGUAUUACAAAUUAACAUACAUAUUUACCUACCUGACUAAUAUUUAUAUUUCUACGAUACUAAAUGAGAUGUGACAAACUGAAGAGAACUAAAAUAUAU